AUGCCCGUCAUUUCACGCCUCGCGUCCAUCAUCCUCCGCAUUGCGGAGAUUGCCUUUGCAGCUGUCGUUGCAGGUGUUAUUGGACACUACCUUGCCCAACUUAACCACAGCGGUGUAGAUGUUGACUGGUGGCCUCAGUCCCGAUGGAUCUAUACUGAGGUAAUCGCCGGGUUAUCGAUAUUGCUGGGUCUCAUAUGGCUGAUCCCAUUCUCGUCCGGAUUCUUCUCCUGGCCUAUGGACAUAAUCAUUUCCCUUGCUUGGUUCGCUGCGUUCGGUGUGCUCGUCGACACCCUCCGCCAGUUGGACUGUGGCAGUAUCUGGUCCUGGCGGUUUAGAGGGGAUCGGAUUUGUGGCCGGUGGAAGGCAGCCGAGGCCUUCAGCUUCCUUUCUGCUAUUGUCUGGCUUGUUUCUGCUAUCGUGGGGAUCUGGUUUACCUUCCGCAAACGCGAUAACAAUACUACCGAUGGGGUUCGCCGCCGCCGCUGGGGUCGUCGUUCCGCUGUCUAG